UGCUUAGGAAAGGUCUGCACACCGCAGGAGGCCGACACAUGGGCGGCUGCACACACAGCACCCAAGACCAAGCAGGCCCCUCAGCAGGGAAGCUCGAUUCUUCUGCGGCCCCAGCCUCUGCCUUAGCACCUAGGAAAAUGCCCAAAAGCAUUUCAAUAUCCAAGCAACUGGCGUCAAUAAAAGGUUUGAAGAAGAGCUCAGAUCUGGAAAAAGCCCUUGCCACUGCAGCUCUGAUUUUCAGAAACUUUUCUGACCCUGAUGGCAAACUUGGAAAAGCUGCUGCAAAAAAUCUGCUGAUGGCCCAAUUUGGGAAUUUCACAAAGGGACAAGAAUCCAAGUCAACCUACCAAGAGAUCCUUUCUGAACUUGACGAAAACACAGAAAACAAGCUUGAUUUUGAGGACUUCAUGAUACUGCUGCUAAGCAUCACUGUUACGUCAGAUCUGCUACAAGAUAUAUGGGGUGUAAAAAGUAUGAAUUAAACGGCUUCCUGCAUGCAGUUAGGCAAAGUAAGAGAAAGACUAAUAAGUGAUUAAAGGGUCUUCCAUCUUAUUUGUAAUGAACUGUGUGUUGAUCACACAUCAGGGAGAGCUGAUUGCUGAAGUUCAGACACGACAUGACUCCAAAAGCUCGUACACAGUCUUCAGAGAUGCCUGGUAUCCAGAAAUGUUUGAAUACUAUGGCCUUGAUGCUUUACAGCAUGCCCGCUGGACACCACUGAACAUCAGGCUGUUCUUGCUGAAUCAAUAGUAGCUUACAGCAAUUUUCUUAAUGACAGUGAAUCACUCACUCAACCACUCAUUCUCCCAAUGGCGGUUUGUGAGCAUCUCCCUGGUAACACUGUUGCGGCCGUUGUACUGGGUGGUCAGACAGCCCCUCCCCUCAGAUAGCUUACGGAACUCUGGCAGAGGAGACAAACACUGAGCCUUUUUUAAUCAGUUGCAAGUAGAGUAUAGUUACAACUUUGAUAAGGGUUACAGGAUGCUGAGUUUAUCUUCUGACUUGGAUUCAAAGGUCAGAGAAACUUUAGUGACAUUCUGCAAACAGCAAAAAAGCAGAUGACCAGUGGCUGCAGUGCAGUAUGGGUGGGAGAUGAGCUGGCCCACAAAUAGGCACAGAAGACAUCCCAGGGAACAGAAAUGUUCUCUAUCUUGGCUGUUGUAGGGGUUACACUACUGCCUGCAUUUGUCAGACUCUUUAAACUCACACUAAGCGGGGUGACUUUUACUGAAUGUGAAUUAUGGGUCAUACAUCAAUAAAUCUGACAUUAAAAAUAAACCCCAACGUCCUUGCAGUCUGACCAUGCUUUAACCGGCAUGGUUCAGGUUGCUUCUCAAAGACCCACACCCCUCUGUGGUACCUCUUAUGUUCCUGCCUGUAGAAGGAAGACACACGCACGGGUGUGCACACACACCACACUAGGCGUUGCGAGGGGCUGCGGGCUUCUGAGGGACAGCUCAGCAGAUGGUGAGAGGCACCCAAGCCUCCCAGAGGGCACCGGGCAGCAGCCAGAGCCAGGAAGGCCCACAGGUCACGCACUUGCACACAGACCUUCCUGCACAAGCAUCGCAGAGGCCUCAGAAUGCCUCAGUCUCCCACAGGAAGAACAGAGGCUGUGAGUGACUAAGGGGUGGCUUGGGGUCAUCCAGGUAACCACUGGAGCGUCAGAACCCCAGCACAAGGGAGGCAAGGAGGUGAUAACGCGUGGGGAGGCAGAGACCGAGUGUUCAGACCUUUAUUCCCUUUCAUCCGAUGACGCGACGCUCUACAGACAGCCCAUCGCCUCGCAUUCAUCACACUUCCACCACAGGCAGGGGCCAAAGAGCAAGAAUCACUGUCUUGACCUUCUGGGAGUUAUGGGCAGUAAGUUGUGCAAAUGUGAAGGUUUCACACUGUCCCAGACAUUCCUGCUCUGCCAAGCACUUGGUAAGUAGUGCUUUCCACCUCCUGACAGCGGGGUGUGGACAUCUGAGCUGAAGCGCUGCAUGCCAUCUCCAGCUGGGAGCGUGAGGGCAGGGGCCCCAGACACCGGGCUGUUCCCCAGGCCACGCAGCAUGCCCAGAGGAGGCUGCUCCCCUCACCUGUGCCUGAGGGUGGGCAGUUUGGAGCAGAACCACUAACACAUACAGGGGCACCUCUCACAUCCUUAACUGGUUCCCCAGGAGGCUCGAUGGGUACCAAAACAGUGAGGAUGAAGCAAACUACUUUGGCUGGGAAGGACAGCGAGUCUGGAGAAAUUGACACUAACAAGUUCUACUAUGCCGGUCAAGUACCCAACCAACAACCACUACGAGGACAAUACUUCCACGUCAAAAUGCAUCGAGGACCAAGUCAGUGAGUUUCAAUGCAGAGCAGCCCUAAAAUGUAGACAUGUUGCUUGAAAGAGAAAUAAAUCUUGUUGCUGUGA